AUGGAGAAAGCUGUGGAUAGCUUUGUCCACAAGGAGGAUAAUAUGGCAAUGAAUACAAUGGCAGGGAUGUUUGGAAGAUAUUACAAGAGAUCGAGAAGCUUUAUAGCGGAUGUUGUACAUGUUGGACCUAUUCUUUUAUCAGUGCAAAUUGAGAAGAGAAUUACGAAGGUGCUGGUCAGGUCUUUGAUAGGAUUUAGGGAGUAUAUGUACUACAACAGCCAUAUUUCUGAAUGUAAGUAUUUUUAUGGAGUGCGGAUGAGUCUUGACAGGUACUUCAAUGACUGCAUUGAAGGAUGGGGGAAUGCUGAGGCAGUCUUUGCAAAGAAGGCGAAUGUGACAAUGGCAGGGAUGUUUAAGUCGUUGUUUUUAUUUGGAGGAUGGUCAUUGAAGAAUGAUCAUGGGAGGUCGAGUGAAAGGAUGUAUGAUGUGAUAACUACGGGAAUGAUGAGUGAAUGCAAGGAGUUUUGUGCACACAAGAUAAUGGAGAGGAUGGCAGAGAUAGGAUAUGAUGAUGUGGAGAGCAUUGACAAUGAGAUUAUGGGCACGAGGAUUUAUGUAGAUGUUGUUCUGAAGCGUGAGCAAACAGUGUCUGAGAUAGUAUUUGGGAAGAGGUUUCACGGGUAUGGAAUGAAUAUGUGCAAGCAAUUUGGGAUGGAAUGCAUGAAUGAAAAUAGAAAAGGACUUCGUUUGGCAUUACUUGGGUUUAUUCUGAACGAAGUUGAGUAUUUUAACCAACUGAAUGAGUUUUACAGUCACAAUGAUUUGAAGAUGGAAGGGAAGUUUGCAGAUGUUUUUAGAAUGCUUACAAAGGUGUAUUUGUUUGAAGUAAAGCUUAUGAGAUCGUUGAGAAAUGUUCUUAUGAUGAUAGGUGCAAAUGUAGAAAUGGUUAUUACGGAUUUAGGCUAUUUUGAAGCUAUAAUGAGAGGAGUAUGUAUUGAUGAGCUUGAGUUUGAUGAGUAUAUGGCGCUUGAGAAUAUUUUGAAUGCGUUUGAUAUGAAUUUUGAAGGGUUUGAAUGUUAUAUGAAUCUGAUGUUAUCGCAGGAGGAUGAGAUUGAAUGGAUGUAUGCAUAUAAAGGCAAAAUGUGGAUACCUGAUGAAAGAAGUGUUAGAGAUUGCAUUUGUAAGUGUCUGCAAAGGAUUGUGAGGUAUCCAAUAUUGCUUGAGGAUAUUCUGAAGAAGGUUGGAGAAGAAAAGUAUGCAAUAGUAGGGCUAGAGGUGUAUACUCGGAUAGUAGAGUUGAUUGGGAAGAUUGAUAAGAGGAAAGAGGAGUACGAUAGCAUGAAGUAUGCAUUGAUUGUGAACAAGAAUGUUGAAGGAUUGAAAGGCAAGUGUAUUGAGAAGGGAUUUUUGUAUGAGUUGAAUUGCAUGGAUGUGGAUGACAAGUCUGUGACACUAUUUUUGUUUAGUGAUGUUGUUAUUAUAUCGGACAGACACGGAUCUUCUUUGUCGAUAUGUGAUGUAAAUGAUGGAAGAUAUGUGCUGCGAUGCAUAUUGAAACGAGAGGACGUGGAAAUUGUUGCAAUUGGAAAGUGUGGUCUUAAGGUAAUUACUGGAGCAGUUGAUGCAGGAGAGUUUUGUCAGAUACAGGAGAGUUAUGAGGAUGUCUUUGUUGGAGCAAUGUAUUUCAAAGGGUGCUCUGAAUAUUCUCGCAAGUGUUUCAUCGAUGAAUACAUCAGAUCUGAUAUUGGAUCUAUGGAGGAUGUGUAUUCAGCAGAUGGAGAAGUGUUUUUUAGAAUGAAGAGAAGUGUCGAUGAAGUUGAAGGAAGAGGAGAGCUACUGGUGUGCAUGGAUGUAAAUGACUUCAGAAGUGUUGAUAGGACGGUUAUCCAUCUUGAUGCUGAUGAAGGAGUUGUUAAGAUGAAGAAUAUCGAGGAGUUGGAGGUGUGCCAAGAUAAGGAGGAGAUAUUGAAUGGAUUUGUUAUGUUUGUGAAGGAGAUGACUGUUUGUAUAAGAGCACGAGCAGUUUGCAAAGGAGGUGCUAGAGAAUAUCCAGAUGUAUUUGCAAGGUACAGGAUGAAGCUUCGAGAGAUUGUUGAGAAGUACAGUGAUAGCGGAAUUGUUGAAUUUGAGGGAGAUAAAUGCACAGAUGAAGUGCCUGAAAGCCUUAAGACGAGAAUAGCAAAGGCAAUGAUGGGAUACUUGAGCAGACAGAUGUCGUACUUUGUAGGUGCUUUGAAGCAUAAGAGUCGAUGUGAAUGGAGAGAGGAUAAAGAAGUGUGUUGUGAGAUGAAAGAUGUAGUGAAAGUAGUUAUGAAGAGAUGGGAGGUUGAUGAUAUGGUGUUCAGCAAGUAUGAUGCAGAAGAGGUUCUUUGUUUGCUGAUGUACUUUAUCAAGACGAAUGUGUAUUCGUUUUUAAGAUUAAGGGAUAUACAACACUUGUACAGAAUGCUAUUUGUUGAGAAUGUGUAUUCACUGACGACAGUAGUUGAUGGAAUUGGAUCGAAACAGUUUGUUUGCUCUUUGUUUGAUGUUAUACUGUAUGCAAGAGGCAGGAUACCUAUGAUACAUGUAUUGAAGACAUUUAGCGUGAUUUUCUAUGAGUUUGAAUUAUCUGAUGAUGAAUUAUCUGAGAUGCUUUGCAAGAUAUACUGGGAUGAAUAA